AUGUCACAACUUUCCAGCAACUCAGUCCGAGAGCACAUGAAAUGGGCUGGGUUGCUGGGCUGUGAGGCAGUGCUCUCCAGUAUGGCUUUGAUGCAGGCCACUUCCACACCCAGCCAUAAAAAGAUGGCCACUCCACUGGGCCAGGGUCAGAGAGACAACCACAGCCACAGCCAUGGGCAUAACCACAACCACAACCACAACCAGAACCAAAACCACAACCAGAACCACAGCCAGGAUGCUCAUAGUCACCACAGCCACAUGGUCCUGCCCUCUGGAGUCAGCUGCCCACCAAUGCUCAUUAAUAAGGAUGGAGAGUUCCACUCUUCCAGGCUGCUGGAGGAGAAGGACAUGCAGUCCAGCCAGAACCUGCAGCCAAAGAAGAAGAACAGAAAGACAGGAAUACCUACCAAAGUGAGAGAAAAAGCACAGGUGGAGAUGCCUGAUCCCAGUGAUGACAGCUCCCUCAACUCCCAAGUCCAGAAGAAUUUCAUCUGUGAGCACUGCUACGGAGCGUUCCGGAGUAGUUACCACCUGAAACGGCACAUUCUCACCCAUACAGGAGAGAAGCCUUUUGGGUGCGAUAUGUGUGACAUGCGGUUUAUUCAGCGCUAUCACCUGGAGAGACACAAGCGUGUACACAGUGGAGAGAAGCCGUAUCAGUGUGACCGCUGUCAGCAGAACUUCUCCAGGACGGACCGGUUGUUGCGGCACCGGCGACUGUGUGCUGUAGGCAUUGCUAAGGAGGAGAACCAGUCGUGCUGUGAGGGCCGCUCUUACUCACAGGACCCCCCUCAGCACACGGCAUCCUGGAGCCCCUUACAGGCCAACAGCAGCAACAGCAGACUGGCUGUGUGAAGCUCUGUGCUCUGAUGGAAGCCUCUGGUCAGCCAGCUCAGUCAGAGGGGAGUGGACUCAAUGCAGCCACCUGGGGGUGCUCUACUAUGCCAGACUGAUCCCAGAGCCUCUGGCAAAGACUCCGUCUCCAGCCCUGUUCCAACCAGGUCAAUAUUCAACCACAGACGGUGGAAGUGUUUUUUUUUUCUUUUUCUUUUUCCUUCUUCUAUUGUUUUGACUCGGGCGGAGGGGGAUCAUUUUGUAUUGUUCUUUUUAAAGUAGAAGGUACUGACCCUGGAAGGGUUGGAGUAGUUUGUUACACUGCACAGGCAAUAAUGAGUUCAGUUAGCAAGUAGAGGAUCAGUGAAAUGGGGUUAUUACUACUACAUCCUUUGAUGGUUCAAGUGACAGGAUAGAAAAUGGUUGACACACAUAACACGGCCAGUUAAUGUGUCGAAUUGCAUUUGGGUUGUCACAGGAAUAAUUUUGAACAGGUUCAGGGGCUUCAGCCAUUGUCACAUGUGGCCUUGAAAUGAUCAGACCUAAAUUUUUGCUCCAACCUUUUAUGCCACAUGUCUGCAGCAAGAUAACCAGUAGUAAUUGCAAGGAGGUGCUAACCAGUGUAAAACUGACUAAUACAACAGCUAAAGGUUUUUUAACCUCCUGAUCAUUUGAAUUCAAACAGAUAUGGACAACGUGGCCAUUAAUAAACAUCUGGUUCAGCAAAAAUUCUAAUUUACACAGCUUUCCACUGUGGUGUCCAAGUUUUGCUUCAUUAGUUUAGCUCUAUGGCUAUGAGGCUAAGUGUUGCUAACAAACACUAGAAGUCAGUAGUCACCCAAAUCUUUUCCGUAAAUACUUCCCCAGAGCCUCUGUCAACUCUUAAACCUCGUUGAGGUUUUCAUUAAGGUGCAUGUGACUUGCUGUGAAUUAUAAAUGUGAGUUUUCACUUUGUCCUAAACUACAUUGACAAGUCUGGACAGCCUUAGUGAAACCCUAGAUGUAGUUUGAGCAGGUUAGAAGUUUUGGGGAUGUAAUUACGGAAAAGGUUUGGGUUAAUAAUCACUUCUGGUGUUUAUCAGUGUUAGCCUUGUAGCUCUAGCGCUAAACUAAAGAAGGAAAAUUUGGACACCAAAUAUGUUUCGUCUGACAUGGUCAGUGGAAACUGGUGUAUAUUCGAUUUUUCGCCCAUUACUUUUAACAAUCUAAGUGGCAAGAGUUUUGCAUCCAGCUACAAGAGCAUGAGAUUGCAAGGACACGUGAUCUGGAAAUGAGAAAACAUGUCUGGGGACAACUGUCAAACUUCUGGAGCUAGGGGACGGCCCCUCUAAAUUAUGCCCCCCAGUUCCUCUCGUCAUUUAACGUCAAGUAUAAGCAAUAACACCAGCAAAACAAACUAGCUAGUGGAGCUGUUUAUUUUUACAGCUUGUAAUGCGUUUGCUGUGCACUCAUCUACACGCUUAUUGGAGUUUUUCAGGAGAUUUUUCAGCCAUGCUUACAUUGAUAUCCAUGGAAUAAUGACAGGAUUGUUGUUUGUCCAAUAGUGUUGACGAGCCCGCCGUCGUCCCCUGCUUUGACCUCCACCUUUACGAGGAGUUUCAUUAGUUUACAAAUUUCACGUUAGUUUGUUCCCACCAUAAUAAGUCAGUAUUUCCCUCCACAUUUUGCCCAAUAUUUCUCAUGGCCGUCCCUGGACGUUCUCGUGAGAUCAUGUCUCGCUCAGCGGAUGAUGAAUCAGUUAAGAGCAAAACUUUUGCAGCCCUAGCAGUUCUAAAGCCACUGACUCAAACUAAUGCAAUCAGAUCAGAAAAGUCAGAUUGCAGUAAUGCUUAUGUUGUUUGAGGGACUUUUCUACUUUCUAGGGUACAUCUAGGAAAGUAAUAAAUACUGGUGCAGGUCAAUCAUUCAUUGAAAAGGUCAUGAAAUGCAUUUGUGUUUAUCCUUUGCUAUUUUUAUGUGCUUAUGAACUGUAUGGAUACUACUUGUCUUAUAAACAAGUCAGAUCCAGGUUGGAAAUGGGUCAUUCAGCGACUGGAUCUGUUUUUACUAGGUCUUGUAUUUCUGACAGUGCGUCUUAAGAGCUGUUAUGUAAUUGGACUCGAUUUGGGCCAAACAGUGCUUUUAACAGUUAAAGUCAGUCAUUUUUUUAUAUCUGAACCUAAUACAGACUUUGAGAACACAGACUACAUGCAGUUUUCAUCUGCUGGAUUAUUAAGUUAAUAUAUUUUUUUAUUUUUUGCAUUUUCCAAGACAUUUUGUGUAGUGAUAGGUUUUUAGGCUGCUGCAGGUGUUUAAACUGGUAGUCUCGAUAGCCCUGCCCCCUUUUAUAAUAAGUAGGUUUGCAUGAAGUUCAGUUGCUCAAAAUGUAUACUGUAUUGUGAUUGUUAAAAGAAAGAAGAAAGUAUUUUUUUGCAACCAUUGUUAUUUUUUUUUGGUUUAUAUUUUUUAUUAUGCUCAAACAUGCACACUAAACUUUCUUACCCAGCUAGACAUGUAGUGAAUGGAGAGAUAGGGCCUCAAACACCAAUAAAUUGAUUUCUUUUACAAGAA